AUGUGGGCAAGCUGCUGCAAUUGGUUCUGUCUGGACAGCUCGGCUGAGGAGCCACCGCCACAGGGAGCCCGAGCCCAGGCCUAUUCCAACCCUGGGUUCAGCUCCUACCCCUCUCCCACCGCUCCCGAGCAGAGCUGUAAGGCCUGUGGGGUGCACUUCAACAGCUCCUCUAGGAAGCACAUCUGUUUGGACUGUAAAAAGACCUUCUGUACCUCCUGCUCAAACCAGCCUGAAGGAGGUCCCCUUCUCUGCCAUCUCUGCCAGCGUGUCCGUGCCACAGCUUUCCAGCGGGAAGAGCUGAUCAAGAUGAAGGUGAAGGAUCUGCGAGACUAUCUGGCGCUCCGUGAGAUUUCCACAGAGUUGUGUCGUGAAAAGGAGGACCUGGUAUUUCUGAUUCUUGGCCAGCAGCCUGUGAUUACCCAGGAAGAUCAGAUAAGAACAAACCCACUUAAUACUAGUGCCUCUGGACAGCAAGACUUUGUGAUUCUCCCACCACCCAGCACAGCAUCUCCUACCUCACAUGAUGUGUCUCCCACAUCUGCAGAUCCCAUCUCAAGUUCACUAACUCAGGAACAUCAACAGGCAAAUGGUUACAUGUCUGCAAGCCAAGUCAGUCUGACAGGAGUUGAGGAUGCAGCAGAAGCACCAACAGAGGAGGAGACACAGUCUACUGACUCAGAAGAUAACCUGGUGCAGGGGAGGAAGGCUUCCCUGUCUGACCUGACCAGCAUCGGGGACAUCAACGCGCUCUCGGUGCGGCAGCUGAAGGAGAUUCUCGCCCGCAACUUUGUCAACUACAAGGGCUGCUGUGAGAAGUGGGAGCUGCUGGAGAGGGUGACUCGUCUGUAUAAAGAGAAAGACCUUCAACAUCUAGUUUCUGACACCGACGAUCAAACUGGUGGUGCUGGGCUCCCUGGCACAGAGGACAACCUCUGCAAAAUCUGCAUGGACGCCCCCAUCGACUGUGUCCUGCUGGAGUGUGGCCACAUGGUCACUUGCACCAAGUGCGGGAAGCGGAUGAGCGAGUGCCCCAUCUGCCGGCAGUACGUGAUCCGGGCUGUCCACGUCUUCAAGUCCUAA